UUUAAACCGACUAUCACUCAUCGCUUCGCUGCGUCCGCAGCGAUGAGUUGGGCUCGCGACGAAUGGAAGGAUGGCCUUCCGACGAGGGCGCUGCAAAAGAUAGAGGCCAUGGAGAGUGAGCUGGAGCGCAGCAAGCGCGACAAACAGCAAAGACAGUGUCAAAUCGACAGUCUGCAGGCCAUGCUCGAGAAGCAGAAGCAGAUAGCGGAGAAGGAGAAGGCCUUGUCGGUGUCUAGUCGUCGAGAGAAUCAGACGCUGGCGGAGAACUGCGAGAAUCUCGAGCGCGCGAAGCGCAAAACGAUGCAAGAGUUGAAUCAGAAGGACGCGCGCUACGCCACCGUUGAGGAUCAGCUGAAACGCGCCAAGGCGUCGUUGGAUGCUGAAACUCACCAGAAGUCGCAGAUCAAGACCGAGAUGGAGCGACAAUCGGCCAGGCUGUUGUCAACUGAAAAGUCACUCCGAGAUGUCCAAUUACAUUGCCAGAAACUCAAUUCUGUUGAACAGAAAUACAAUGAACUUUAUAGUCAGCAUCAGCAGCUUGUUUCUUCCAGUCAGAAAAGUGAGAAUCAGCUUCAAAUAAAGCUGGACGUGCAGUUGAAAGAGAAGAAAACGAUUGAGCGACAGGUCGAUGAGUCGAACCAGAAGUUAGAGAAAGUGAUGCAGUCCAAUUGUGCUCUGGAGACAAGCGUGAAAGAGCUGAAAAUGAAGAUUUUAUCUUUUGAUGGCGAGAGGAAGGAGUUUGCGAAGAUGGAAGAAACGAUCAAGGCACAGUUUGCGCUAAAGGAGAGAACAAUUAACGAUCUGCAGAGGCAACAAGGUGAAGCCAACAGUUUGUUGGACAAGAAGAAUCACGAACAAAGCGUAUUGAUGACCGACAAAGACAACUUAGCAAAUGUAAAUGAGAAGCUGGCCUUAGAGGUUGAGGAGAUGAAGAGAGAAAUUGAGAAUUUUGCGCAGACAAAACAUGAAAUGGAGGAGAUGACUGUUGCUUUGCAAAAGGACGUAGCCAGCAAACGUCAAGAAGCACUUGCAAUGAUUGAAAGGGUCGAAUGUCUUGAGAUGCAGUUGCUUGACGUGAAACAAGAGAAUGAGUCACUGAAGGAGAAGACUGAAGAGAGCGUGAGAGCACUUCAAGAGAGCACUGAUAGAUGCAAUUUGUUGAUGUCAUCAGUAUCUCGUGUACCUCAGGAGGAAAACAAUGAUGCAUCCAGCUGUGCUCUUACCGAUGACUUGAAUGAGUAUCACAUGCAGAUUGAGCAACUGAAUAAAGAGAAGAUUGAAAGUUCAAUUGCUAUUGACAAUCUGACAAACACGUUGCAGCAACUACAAAAAGAACUGAGAGACAACGAGAGGAAAUACAGAGUUAACUGUGAAUCAGCCGAAAUUGAUCUUGACUAUCUGAACUGCCAAGUCGAGGAUCAACAAAAGCAGCUAAAGCAGCUCCAAGACAAAGAAGUUAGUUUCUCUGAAGUGAAAGCUGUGUUAGAAGCUCGUGUGGAAUCACAAACUGUGGAGCUAGACAAGCAACGUCAAGAGGUAGAAGCAGCAGUGGUUGCUAAGGAGACGGCCGACAUCAUGAGAAGAGAAAUUGAAAAGAAGCUGAGAGACGAGAAAGACAGAGUUACUAACUUUGAGUCUGACUGCAGAAGGAAGCAGGAGCAAAAGGAGAGUAUUAUUUUCGAGCUUCAAGAAAAUGUCAUUACCCUCAAACAAACUGUGAAACAUCAGGAGGAAGUUGCAGAACAAGCUGAGAAACAGUUUUCUGCUAAGGAAUUAAACUUGACAACUAGGCUGGUUGAAAGUCAACAACUCAAUGAGAAACUUGCCUCUCAGUUGCAAUCAGUAACUGUUGAUUGGCAACAAUUGUUAGAAGAAAAACGGGCAGUUGAAGAGGAGAUGCAUGUUCUCAGAGAUGAAGCUGCAAGUUUGAAGGCACAGAGUCAGAUUAAUGCGAAGAAUCAGGCUACUGUCAUUGUCGACCUUAAAGAGAGACUGGGAGCAUUGCAAACUGCUUAUAGUGAAAAAGAGGAUGCAACGAGAAAUGCAGACAAGGAAGUUGAUUCAUUUCGGCAUGAACUUGAAGGUCAGAUCAGUGACAUUUCACAGAAAUAUCAGGCAAUCGAGACGCAGUUGAAUACUUCCGUAUUUCAUAGUCAAGUUUUGAUGAGAGAGAAAUGUGAUCUUGAAAAGCAAGUGACUGAACUGAAUGAGAAGUUGAAUGAACAGGAAGCCCAGAUUGCAUUUGAGAGAGCAGAAAAAGAGACUGCAUUGAAUGACAUGAGAGAAUGUGAGGGGAUGCUGCGUAGGGAGAUUCAACAGCUGGAGAAAGCUGCGCAUGAAACUGAAGUAAAACUCAAUGCAAUUCAGUCAGACUUUGAAUCUCAGGUAGAAGAAAUGUCUCAAAAACUUGAUGAGCAACAACAUCUUAUUGACACACAAGAUAUGGAGAACAGGGAAACAGUAAGGAGCAAUGAGGAACUAAUGUUCAAGGCAAGACAAUUAGAGCAAGCUCUGACCAAUCAGGAAUCUCACUGGCAAAUAGAAAUAUCAGAUAGAGAUAACGGGAUAUCUGACUUGCAAUGCCGACUUUCUGAUGCUCAGGUACAGCAUGAAGAGGAGAUUGAGGCGCUAAAGGAAAAGAAUGAAAGAACAGUUUGCAAUCUAGCUGAUAUGAAGAGAAAUUCUGAUGAGCUGGAGCAUGAUAUUAACGAGCUGCGUGAACUGCUCAAAGCUGCAGUUGAUGAGAAGAAGAGAGUGUUGGAAGAACGAGAAGAUAUGGAUAUUAGAUUGAGUAACUUAAAUGAGAGUCUUUUCUCAACGAAGACAGACAUGCAAAGGGAACGAGAAGCUGUGCAAUUGAUUCAACAAGAGAAAGAACAGCUACAAGAGCAAAUAAGUAGGCUACGGAAUCUGCUCAGACAACAAGAGAUAGAGAAUGAAGAGAGGAGAGAAGCAAGUAUUUGCGAGGUUGCAAACUUUCAAGAGAAUAUUGCAGCUCUCAAGCAGCAGUGCUUUGAACUGGAGUAUGCAAAAUCAAGUGCAAGGGCAGAAAUUGAGGGAGUCAGAUUAGAAUUGAUGUCUCAGAUUGAUACAAUGACUAAUGAACUAAAUUCUUGUCACACUCAAUUGGAAAAGGCACAUGAAGAAAUGGCACAGCAGCAACAGGAGAUUGAACAGCUCAGACAAAACUUAAGGGAACUUAAAGAACUGAGGGAGGAAGACAGAGCACGACAAAUAAUAGUGAAUACGUUGGAAGAGAGAGUUGCAGCCUUGGAUGAAGUGUUGGCAGAUCGAGAUAAGACCAUACAGGAAUUGGGCGAUGAGCUGAGACAUGUGAAUGAAGUGCUUGAGUGCAAAUGUAGAGAGAACACAGAGAAAGAGAUGGAGUUGAGAGAUGAGGUGAAGAGGGCUGAUGAGGGAGAUCGAGACAAAGAAAAACUUGAGGCAGUUUUCAGCGAACUGAGGGUAACAAUAGAGGAAUAUGAGGCAAAGCAAAAGGAUUGUGAAGGCGACAAGCAGCUGAUUGAUGAGUUAGAGUUGCGAGUUUCUGAAAUUACAGAAAAGUGGGAAAUGGCAGAAGCAGCCAGGCAAGUUGGUGAAGAAAAGAUUCAACAGCUGUACGAUACGAUGGAGUCUCAAAGGAGAGACAUGAUAUGUGGUACCAAUGCAUUGUGUGAGAAAUUGGAAGCUACAGAAAGUCUAGUACUAGAGAUAGACAAAGUAAAUGAAGAGAUGAAUGCAUUGAAACAGCAAAUUGAUAUCGAAAGAGCUGAGCAUGAAUAUCAAAGAGAAAAAAGUAAUAAAUUGCAGCAUGAACAAGCAGCGAAGGUACAAGCCCUGGAAGAAACCACAAGAGAGACAGAAGAACGCAUUUUUUCAACACAAGCAGAUCUGGAAGCACAACUCAACAAAGCAUCUGAACAGUUGGCCAAAAGGGACGACGAAGCUGUGUUAUACAAGGAGACUAUUUCUAAGCUUCAGGAUCAAGCGGAAAGGCUGCAACAAACUUUGAAUGAACAAGAAAUCUCACUGCAGGAAGCCUCUUUGAAUCAACAGAAUUUAGCAGCUCAGCUGAGCGUUUUGUCUGCUGAGGCGUCUUUUCUAAAAGCUGAACAGGAGACUUCUCUUGCUGCAAAGGAAACGGUGGAAAAAGAGGUGCAACAGAUUGCUCUCAAAUGCAGGGAUGAUAUGGCUGAAAGCAAGAGGAAAGCAGGCAUUCAAAUUGAGUCUAUUUUCAAGCUUGAAGAGCACGUGAAGUCAUUAGAAGCCGAGUUAUCUCAUCGCAAGGCUGAAGCCAGAGAGUUAGCUUUAGCUCGAGAACAACUUGAGAGUCAAGUUAGUCAGCUGUCACACGAAGUCUCUAGUGUUAGACAUGAUCUGAAUGAAACUCAGACUGCUUUACAAUUGAAAAAAGAUGAAGUAGCGAGACUUGAUGUUCACUUGUCUGAGAGCUUGGGGCAAAGUACUAAGAAAGCUGAGUCACAGGAACAGACAAUUGCUAGGCUAAAAGAAAGCUUGGCAGAUGCUCAACAUGCUUAUUGUAAACUGCAAACUUCAAUGCAGACAAAUCAAGUUCCUCAACUUGAAGACAAAAUUGAGAAACUGAACAGGGAAAAUUGGAAUCUUCGUGAGGAAGCAGAGACAGCUAUUUUCACAAAAGAUGAGGUGCUGGCAGAGAAUGAACACAUGAAAGAAACCAUUGCCGAGUUGAAAAAACAAUUGAUUGCCAUUGAGACAGAAGUAAAUGAAAGCAGUGACAAGGUGACAAAAGCAGUUGACGAGAAGAACAGAUUUGAAUUAGAGAUGAAGAAACUGAGAGUUAAAUUGGCAGCACAAGAAGAAGAGUUAAUGGCAAAAGUGGAAUCACUCAAUGAUUUAGUUGAUCUCAAAUUGCAACUGAGUUGUCUGGAAUCUGUCUUAAAAGAGAAGGAAGACUUGUUAGGCCAGGUUGAGAGUCAGAAAGUGGACUUUCAAAUUAAGUUGGAGAAACAACUUCAUGAAGCUAAUGCUCGGUGUGAUGAACUAAGUGCUUGUGUAACUGCCAAAGACAUAGCUGUUCAAGAUGCAGUUCAACUGGCUGAGAGUUUGGAGAGGCAAGCAAAUCAGCAUAAACGUGAAUGUGAGAAAGAAAAGAACGAACAAGAAAAAAUCAUUUCUGAUCUUCGCAAGCGACUGACUUGCUUGCAGCAAGCACACAGUGAACAAGAAGAUGCAAUAGAACAUGCAGCCAGAGAGUUUGCAUCCGUCAGGUCAGAGUUUGAACUAAAAGUCAAGCAGCUGUUGACUGAGGUUGCCACUGCGAAGGAAGAGAUAAAGGUGAUAUCUGCAGAAAGGAGUACGACAGAAGUAAAAGUGAGGGAAUUUUCAGAUCAGUAUGAUGAACUCUGUGCGCAUGUACUAACUAAAGAAACUGCUGCUCGUGAAGCAGAAGAACGAGCUGAGAAACUGAAAGAUGAACUAUGUAAGAUGGAAGCUGAGCAGCAAGCAAGGAAGGAACAAGAUAGAAUCAGUGCUGAUCUUUGUGAACGAAUACACGUUUGGGAGAUGACCUGCAGUGAACAGAAAACUGCAAUGGAGACUGCAACAAAAGAGUACACAUCUAUGAAAUCAAUUCUGGAAGUGAAUAUCAAGAAGUUAACACGAGAUGUUGAUGAACUAACAGUCGAACUAAAGAAAACUGCAGUUGCAAAGAAUGAAGCGGUGCAAGAGAAGGAGGCUUUGCAGACAACAGUUGAGAAGCUGAAAAGCAAGCUGAACUUGUUGGAGAAGAAGUUGUUGACUGGGCAGGAGAAGUUCGAACCGUUGGAUGUUGACAUACCUGAAGUAAAUGGCAUCAACAAGGAGCGUUUAUCAUCAUCAUUUGAUACAAAGUUUAAGAAUUCAAGUUUUAGUUUGUUAACACCAAAACGUUUACUUGGCAAGUCACCAACUCAUGUGAAAACUCCUGUGAUGGAAGCGUCUACCAGAAGACGUUAUCAGCUCAGAUCAUCGAACCAGACAGAGGCAAAUCGACCACAACUGGCAUUACCUCAGAGAAUUCUGCCAAAUAAAUCGAAGAGUCAUGAGCGUGAGGUUUCCAAUGCAUCGGAAGGAGAUUGUGGAAAGAGUCUACAUAGAACUAAAGAGAAAGGAAAGAGAAUGGAAAAGAAAAGUGUUCACUGGAAAGAUGAGUUGAGAGAGAAUUCGCCAUCACUGCUUCAAGAAAUAAAAUUCAUCUCUCCUGAUUCUCCCACUUCUUCUCCACUCAAACAAUGGAAUCACCCAGCAUCUUCUGGUAUUUGUCCUGAGUCACCACUUGUCGCAUCAUUUGAUGAGUCGACCGACCAACUGACUCCUGGCAAGUCACCUGGAAAGAGGACAUUGUAUUCGAAAGCGAGAAGGGAUGCGUCUGCAUUACCUUCACAGCCAUCAAAGCGAACUAAAGUUACAAAUUCCAGCAAAUUGCGACCAACCAGAACAACAGCUGCCAUCAUUGAUGUAAGGGAAAGACCAGAAUGCAAAACACAAUGAUUGGUGCUGAACCUGUUUUGUUUCUGAAUGUUCCUGUAAGUAGUACACCGUACUCUUUGAAUGCUUUAGCAUUCACCUUUCACGUGUUGCGUAGUUGCUUGGCGGUUUAUGGUUUAUAUAGUAAAUGAAAGGUUUGAGAAUAAAUUUCAAAGGUUUCCUGGCA